CUUUAUAGGCCUAAAUACAUGACCCCGGUGGACUAUAAAAAUCAAAACAUGUCGACCAUAAAAGUCUCGAGCUAGGGUUUAGCUUAGGCGUUUGGGUCUCACUCCGUCGCUGCUCCACCGUCGAACUGAGAAAAUGGUUAAAGGACGUCAAGGAGAACGCAUCAGACUCUAUGUUAGAGGAACAGUUCUCGGUUACAAGAGGUCGAAGUCGAAUCAGUAUCCGACCACCUCGCUGGUUCAGAUCGAAGGUGUGAACACAAAGGAGGAAGUUGGAUGGUACCAGGGGAAGCGCAUGGCAUACGUCUACAAGGCUAAGACAAAGAAAAACGGAUCUCACUACCGCUGUAUUUGGGGAAAGGUAUCUAGGCCUCAUGGAAACAGUGGUGUAGUCAGAGCUAAGUUCAAGUCUAACCUCCCACCCAGGGCCAUGGGAAACAGUGUUAGAGUUUUCAUGUACCCAAGCAACAUCUAAGGCUUUUGUGAAUGUGCCUUUGUAAGGCUUUCAAAAAUCACCGAUGAUUUAUGGAGCUGCUGCAAUUUUACUAGAUAGUCGAGUCACAAUUGUUAUGUUUUGAUUUCAUAUGCUUUGUUUCCCAUCCAAUCAAUCUUCUUUUAGUAGAACACCCACCGGACAAAUCGUUGAGAUGAUUCUAAUUUUGCUCAUAUUUUGUACCUAUACAUGAUUGUUUACCUCUUGCUUUUUGAUACCAACCAACCAGCCUUUUGGUUCACUUCAUCAAUGAAUUAUUUCAAUUUUUCAUGGAAGGUAAAAUCCACGCAUAGUUGCUUUGUUUUUAAUUU